AUGGCCUUCUCCAUUCAUUUUCUUCUCUAGGCAAACAUGCUGAAGACAUAUUUGGUGAGCUGUUUAAUGAGGCUAACAACUUCUACAUCAGAGCAAAUUCUCUUCAAGACAGAAUUGAUCGCCUUGCUGUCAAAGUUACCCAGCUGGAUUCAACAGUGGAAGAAGUGUCACUACAGGAUAUCAACAUGAAAAAAGCUUUCAAAAGUUCCACAGUCCAAGACCAGCAGGUGGUUUCAAAGAACAGCAUUCCUAAUCCUGUUGCUGACAUUUACAACCAGAGUGAUAAGCCACCUCCUCUGAAUAUCCUUACACCAUACAGAGAUGAUAAAAAGGAUGGGCUGAAGUUCUACACUGAUCCUUCCUAUUUCUUUGACCUCUGGAAAGAAAAAAUGCUGCAGGACACAGAAGACAAAAGGAAGGAGAAGAGGCGUCAAAAGGAGCAAAAGCGUAUAGAUGGCACAACCCGGGAGGUGAAAAAGGUUAGGAAGGCCAGAAACAGGCGCCAGGAGUGGAGUAUGAUGGCAUAUGACAAAGAGCUUAGACCCGACAACAGGCUGUCUCAGAGUGUGUACCACGGAGCGUCUUCCGAGGGAUCCCUGUCCCCAGACACUAGGUCACACGCAUCGGAUGUCACAGAUUACUCUUACCCGGCAACUCCCAACCACUCUCUGCACCCGCAGCCCGUGACCCCUUCUUACGCAGCGGGGGACGCGCCCCCGCACGGGCCAGCCUCCCAGGCCCCCGAGCAUGAGUACCGACCCCCCUCCGCCUCGGUGAGGCACAUGGCCCUGAACAGACCCCAGCAGCCGCCGCCGCCACCCCCACCGCAGGCCGCAGAGGGGUCCCAGGCCUCCGCCCCCAUGGCGCCAGCAGACUACGGGAUGCUGCCAGCACAGAUAAUUGAGUAUUACAACCCCUCAGGACCUCCUCCUCCUCCACCAGCCCCCAUGAUUCCUUCAGCACAAACUGCUUUCGUCAGCCCCCUCCAGAUCCCCAUGCAGCCCCCCUUCCCUGCCUCCGCGGGCUCCUCCUAUCCGGCUCCUCCUCACCCUCCCACCGCUGGGCUCGUGGUCACAGCCCCGCCACCUCCGGGCCCACCACCUCCUCCGCCGGGCCCCCCUGGCGCAGGCUCUUCUCGCUCGUCCUCCCCAAUGCAUGGCCCCCCCGCAGCUGAGGCAAAGCGCCUAGAGACGGCACAGCCACCCAUAAGUGAUGCUCGAAGCGAUCUUCUCGCUGCCAUUCGAAUGGGGAUUCAGUUGAAAAAGGUACAAGAACAGCGCGAGCAAGAGGCCAAGCGCGAGCCAGUCGGGAAUGACGUGGCCACGAUCCUGUCCAGACGCAUCGCCGUGGAGUACAGCGAUUCUGACGACGACUCGGAGUUUGAUGAGAACGACUGGUCCGACUGAGGCGGCGCGCAUGCGCAGCGAGGCGGCACGCUGCUGAGCCCGGCGGCCACCACGAGACCAUGUGUCGGAAAUGUCUUGAAAAUUUUAAGUGGUCUCAGCACCCACAUAGUGGAUGAAGAGAACACAUAAAGCUACUAUCCAUGUCAGGAUUUCUUCUAUUUAUAUCUUAUUACAAUAAAAUUACUGGCACUUUA